AUGAGUCUUAUUGGGUCAUUCCGGAGCGACCUUGAGGUUUGCGCGGUAUUGGUAACGGCUGUUGUCACGUAUUGGUUUCAAGACGAAAUAAAAUUCCUCAGAAAACUGCACAUCAUGAAUUACGAUGGUUAUACUAAUAUUUACCACCCCAGUUCUCAGCAACCGGGAUACUACAACCCGUCCGAAAUGCAAUUCAGUCAAUUUUCAUAUGAAAAUGCAAAUUCAAUACCAUCCCAACCUAUCAAUCUUCCCUUCUCACAAGUACAAUAUUCCUCUGCUGCGAUGUAUGAAGGAAAAGAAGAGGAUUACGAAAAUGAACCACCUCUGUUGGAAGAACUUGGUAUCAACUUUAGUCACAUUGUACAAAAGACAUCAUCUGUCCUCCUUCCUUUUAAAGAAAGUUCUCAAGAAGUGCUUGACGAUACAGAUUUGGCCGGACCUUUGGUUUUCUGCCUGCUAUUUGGUUGUACCUUAAUGUUUGCUGGAAAAAUUCACUUCAAUUAUAUCUAUGGAUUAGGUGUAUUUGGUUGCUUGGGUAUUUACCUCCUGUUAUCAGUUAUGACGCCUAGGGGAGUUACACCAACUUGUGUCAUUUCAACAUUAGGAUAUUGCCUACUUCCUAUGUGUCUUUUAUCUUCAUUUGGGAUUGUAUUUUCUCUUAAAAGUGUACUAGGUGUCGUGUUGACAGCGACUGUCGUUUCGUGGUGCACAAUUGCUUCCAGUAAAUUGUUUGUUCGUAGUUUGGAUAUGCAACACCAACGCAUUCUUGUGGCGUAUCCAUGCGCCUUAGUGUAUUGUGUAUUUGCACUUCUAGUUGUGUUUUGA